AUCGAUUCGGCCCAAAAAAAAUGGAGGAAGAAAAGAUUAGGGUUUUUCUUGCCGGUGGUCGGUCUGUGUGUUUUUUUUUUCUUUUUUCUUUUUUUUCUUUUUAAGAAUUCCCAUUCAUCUAGUUCUAUCUGGAUUCGAACUCAGCUUUUCAUUCCAACAGUUCAUGGGUGUACCAGCUGAGCUAGGCCCGUUGGUGUUGUGUGUGUUUUUUAAUGCAGCAUCCAUGACCACACUUGGCAUUGACGAAGAACUAGAUCGGCUCUGUGGGGUCCAAGGGGCAACAAAUCUCCAUUCCUUGGAAGAUACGUCAUCAUCAUCAUCAUCAUUAUCAUUAUCAGUAUCAUUAUCAUCAUUGUCGUCUUCGUCAGAAGAAGAUAACUGCAGUGUGGCGACCUUUGCCGACAAUGCUGACACCUUUUUGAAUUCGUCAGGCGGGAACUGCACUGCGGGGGCGAGAUACAAAAUCUUGUCGAGAUCACAAAGGGAUGACAAAUUGCAUACCAAAGCCCAGAAAGAGGUGUUAAGUCUUCAAACCGCUGAUGAAUGUCACAAAACUGAUGACUUUGGCAAAAAAAGUGGCGACUUUGGUGGAAAAAGUGGCGACUUUGGCAAAAAAAGUGGCGACUUUGGCAGAAAAAGUGGCGACUUUGGCGGAAAAAGUGGCGACUUUGGUAAAAAAAGCGGCAACUUUGGCAAAAAAACUGCAGACGUUUGCGAAAAAAGUGCUGGCUUUGGCAAAAAAACUGCAGGCUUUUGCAAAAAGACUGCGGAGUUUUGCAAAGCGCACGAGCAUGAGCUUGUAGCAUCUGCGAAGAUGGAGGAGGGCAAUGGCGACGCCAACUUGAAGAAGCACAGCCCAAGUGACAAAAAAGCAGAAAUGCAUGCGGAAGUGCGACAACAACACUCGCAACAGCAACCAAAAAUGAUUCAGCACGCCGCUGCUGGUUCUCCUGAUCCUGGGAGCAAAGAAGAUCAUUUAUUUGUGACGUCACCUCCUGUAUGCUGGCAGGCUCAGGAGGAGGUGCGGCAACAAGAAAACAAAAGAGAGGCUCACGCUGGUGGUCCUUGGCAUGCAGUGCCGGCAGCAAAUAAACAGGGAGCAGCAGUGCAACAGGAACAGAUGGGAUUGCCUCUGUUGAGUGCGUUUCCUUCGCAGCAGCAGGAGGAGGAGGAGGAGGAGGAGGAGGGGGGGAAAGGGGGGGAUAAGUUGUUUCGGUGGUCCAUUGAAAAAAUUGAGCAAAUCAUCCCACUGCGAAGACGGCAUUGUGCCAAAGGAGGCAUGCAUAGUGAACUGGAUGAGGAUGCCAGACGCGUCAAUGGUCUGGAAAAUAAGCGGAGGGAUGGCUGUGCUGCCCUGCAUCAGGAGGUUCUUGGAAGGGGGUCUGUGAUGGUGUCGUCGACAGCUGUUGACGAGACCAUCUGCUUGGUCAAAUCGAGGCAGCCGGCGGAGAUGUCCCGAUCACUGAUGGAUGGGAAGAGGAAGCGCAGCUUGAGUGUAGCAACAGGUGUUGUUACUGGAGAUAAGUCGGGGAAUUAUCCGGCGGAUGAGAUGGUGCAUGCAUGUGCUUCGUCCAUUUUGCAGCAGCAUCUGACAUCUGGCAAGCGGUCCAGGUGCGUAGCUACGGAAAUGGCCAAAUUUGCCAAUGAUGAGGACUGCAAUACAAGUCUUUUGGAUGGGCGAGGACGAAGGCGAAGCACAGCACUGCCAUCAGCGCCAUGGCCCUGUGUUGGGCAAUUACUUGAGGAUUGUGGGCGCUUUGACCGGAUUUCUGCCCCGAUUGGAGAAGAGAGAGUGCCAAACCUAACUGUUGAUCAUCUGCUGAAGUCGGUGCUUAAUCACGCUCGGAUCCUAUCAGAGACGUGCGAGAAUGCAGUCACAACUAAGCAGGCUAUCAUACACAACCCCAGAGGGAAUGGAGAUGAUGCUCGCUUGGCGGCAGCGAAUGCAGUCGUCGAGCUAGAUGGAGUAAGGGAAAAUGCAGUCUGCAGUGAAGAGGGCAUCAUUGCCAGGUGCAGGAGCGGCAAUACGACAUGUGAAAGGACUGCCACACGUGCUAGUGCCGAAGAUAGCGAUGCGACCACGUAUGCAUCAGAUACUGACCCAACCACACGUGUAGAUGACAGUGCAACUACACGCGCAGACAGUGAUUCAACGACAUGUGCUGAUAGUCAUGUCGCCACCCUUGGUAAUCACGAUGCGGCCCUGCCGGCAGGCAGUGAGGAGGCGACAUGCGCCGAAAGGCAUGUUUCCCCGUGCAAUAAUAAUGACGCCGUGCUCGUUGCAAUUAGCAGUGUGACCAAGCAUACCGCCAGAGAUGAGGUCGGAAGAGGAUCUGAUUCCAUCCGCAGAGGAUGUGCUGCAUGUGUGGAUAACAAUGGAACAUGUGGCCAUACGAAUGAUGUGGUCCCCCACCGCAGUGCAGCGUGCACGACUAGUCAAACAAGGUCGUCGGGAGCUCAAAAAACGAAAGAACAUUUCGGAAGUGAACAUAGUCCUGCACUUGUGAGAGAUGGUAGAAGUGAUGUGGCAUGCCUCCCGUCUGGAAUCGAGUUUGGUAAUCAGACCCAAGAUUGCCGGCAAUCUGGAAAGGAUGCCGAAGUUAGAGCAUGUUCGCCCCCGUCAUCUCUGAGUCACUGGACUCUGCAACAAGAGAGAGAAAUAUAUAAUACAGGUGCUAAACUACAUAGUAGAGGAGCGAAACAACCUGCGCAUGAGGAUGUUCGUUGGUUUCCUGCGCGGAAUGAUGGUUCACUCUACAGGACAGCUCCUGAUGAUUGCUGCCACUCUGAGAGACAUGCAGGGGCUCGAGCAGUCCCAUCUACUUCAUCUCUGACUCAUCGGACUCUGCAGCAACAGAGAGUAAUACAUGGUGCAGGUCCUAAACAACCUGAGCAUGAGGAUGCUCAUUGUACUCCCAUGAGGAAUGACACUUCACACCAUAGGAGAGCCAUUGAUGAUUGCUGGCAAGCUGGGAAGCAUGCUUCAUCUAUGACCGACCAGACUCUACAGCAAGAGAGAGUUGCCCGCAGCACAGGUGCUGAACAAGCUGAGACUGCUCAUUCUACUCCUGUGAGCACAGGUCCUUGCCAUAGGGCAGCUGUUGAUAACCACAAGUUCCAGGCGGAUCCCACGCCGCCCAAGGCUAGGAUGUCUGCCAUAGCAGAUGGCGCGUACAAGAACAAGAAGGCUGAGAAGGCCCCUCGGUGGAUCCGAGUAGACCAUAAACGGCACAAGGUUCUUAGACAGCAGCGCAUUUAUCGCUGGCUGUGUUAAAGGCAAGUCCCUGAGAGAUCUACGGUCACAUGAAAUUAUUCAUAUUUUAAACGAGCUCCUGGCUCCAUUC